AUGGUUCAAGGUACAAUCGCUGUAUCGUGGAAAAACCGUAGCAGUAUUCCCGCAAAAACAAACCCCUUUCAGCUUCUGUACGAGCAAAGACAUCACAAACAACUCUCGGACUCCGUUAGUUUACUCCGCAUAGUUAUUACUGAAAAACACGCCGUUUCAACUGCAUUCCUCGUGAAUAUUAUGCGAAAAAUAGCUGGAAAGCCCAGAGACAUGGAGAACGGUGACAAGGUAGAUGCGGUCGAUAGCGAAGCCGAAGAACAGAAUGGCGUCGAAGAAGAUGCUGAUCCCCUAGCAACGCCCGACGAAAAUGGCGAAAACGAGCCGGCCGCGGACGAAAAUAACGACAACGCCUCCGACGAGGGCGAGCAAGAUGGCGAUGACGACGCCGACGACGAUGACGAGGAAAAACCCCUGAAAACGACGAAGAAAAAGGCCGCCAAGAAGGAGAAAAAAGAGAAAAAGGCCGCAAAAAAAGCCGCCAAGAAGAAAAAGGAGAAGAAACGUGUCAGCUUGAAUGUGCCCGAUGACGACGACGAUGACGAGGAGGAAGCCGAAUAUGAGGUCCAGGAUAUCGUCAGUCACAGAUACGUUGGCAAAAAACUCGAGUACAAAAUCCGCUGGAAGGGAUAUUCCGCGAAAGAUGACACAUGGGAGGCGAAGGCGUCCCUCAAUUGUCCCGAAAUCAUCAAAAAGUACGAGGAGAAGCAAAAGAAGGCACCGGCAAAGGGCGGCAAACGCAAAGCAGGACGUCCUCCAGCGAAAGCGGCGAAGAAAUCUCGCAAAAAUGCCUCGGAUGGCGAGGAAAAUGACGACGACGAGGAGGAAGAAGGUGACGAAGAUGCCGAAUAUGAGGUCGCCAAACUCCUGGAUGUGCGUACGCGCAAAGGCAAACGCGAAUUUUUGGUGCACUGGAAGGGCUGGAGUGCGCGCUACGACAACUGGGAGCCCGAAGACAAUCUCAAUUGCGACGAAUUGAUUGCCAAGUUCGACAAGCAGCAGGAGAAGACGAAACAUGUGUCGGCGAAAAGUUUGCGCGCCUCCCCCAAAUCGACAAAACGCUUGGCAGUCGAGACGAGCAAGGGGGCACGCAGCUCCAAACGUGGCAGCGCAAAGUCCCGCGUGACCUAUUACGAUGACGAAUAA